AUGUCUUCUUUUUCUCAACGCGUAGGAAAUUCGAAUGUCACCCGUGGAAGAUCUCUUUCCGCUGACCUCCGCCUGUUAGUCAACAACCAUCAUUACAGCGACUUGGAAAUUCUCUGCAAAGAUGGAGUGAUACUUCAUGGAAUACGCUCACUCCUUGCUGCUCGCUCCCACACCAUGGAACAAAUUCUUUACUCUUCCUCUGCCAUCUCAUCGCACCCACCCACACCGCGAAAUUUCUCUUUUCCCAAAGAUCACCGUGAAAAAUAUCCAUCAACGAAAGAUAUAUAUGAAAAAUACAUUGUAUUUCCCGAUAUUAAUUCCACCUCCAUGAUACAGAUCCUUGAAUAUUUAUAUACUGGUAGUAUAUCGAUGGAUGCGUUGAAUAUGCGAAACGCUAUCGAAAUGUAUUAUGCGGCAGAGUACUUUCAGCUGGAUCAAUUGGCGACGGAGAUUGAGGGAUACCUUCGACGGUGUGUUGAGGAUAGUAAGAAUGAGUCGAAGAUACCGGAAUUACUUUCAAAAGCUUUGCAAUUAUUAUCCCAUAUAAAAUCGUCCUCGGAUGUGGAUGAUAAAAAUUCGUAUGGGAAAUCAUCUCUGAUAAAGGAAAAUAGGGUAAUAGGCUUAUUGAUGGAAGUGGUAUCGAAUAUUUCACUGGAUUCAAUUGAAGUCGGUGCACUAUCAUUAAAUGCACUGCAGUGUCUUUUAUCCCACACAUUUGAUGCCGAACGUUUUACUAUCACAUUCGCUUCAAGUGAAUAUUCUUUGCUCCGGUAUUCUAUUCUUAUUUCCGCAAAAAAUGUGUCAUACGAAGCAUUCACCCUACUUGAACGUCAUUUGCCUAAAUGGAAUUACUUUGCUUCUGAUGAAGAGGCCAUGAACGAGAACAAGGAUGAGGGAGGAGACUCUAAGUUCAAGUACAGAGAAAAGGCACCACACAUCGAAGUCAUAAGAACGAUAAGAGAAAAUUAUUCGUCAUCGAUAUACAAGGCAUUGAACCCGUUGGCGGAGUUUAUUGACCUAAGGAGGAUUAACGGUAGAAUACUGGCGGAUUGGAUCGAACCCUUGGGUGUCAUGCCAAGUGCAGUCAUAAUGGAAGCAUUUAAAUAUCAUUUGAGAGAAAAGAAGUCGUUACUUCCAUACAGAGGGAUGAUGAAGAGUCCUGUUAACAUUUCUCCAAGGAGUUUGCAGUCAACCAGUGCUUCCAGCACCUUAAUUUCAGGGAGUUCUAUACGUAGCUCUAUAAGCAGUCAUCAUACACGCAGCUCGUCAAGUAGUAACAUAACCAGGGAUUUCGCGCACGCAGGAAUGCAAGGUGAUCCUUAUAUUCCGCACGUUUCAUCUAUUCAGAAGGGUUCGAGCCCGAAAGUUGUACAACGGUUCUUUAUUCGUAAAAACUCAGAACCGACCAUUGUUCCUUUACAACGAUUCUCAGUUCGCAAAGAUUCAGCUUGCAUUCUUUCAAAUCCACCUCGUCGUCCAUCAUUAUUUUCUCAGAAACAAACAAACUCCUUAUCUUCCCCAACACCUAAUUAUACACCACUGCGAUCUACCAUAACUUAUGAUCUCAAGUGGUCUACCACUGCCAUUGGUGGCUGCCCGAGCCGAUCACUGUCUCACCAGUGGAUUUCACGAAUGGGAUAUCAUAUUAGAGAAGCUAUCUGGAUAUGUGUGUGUAGGGACAACGGAAACUUCGUGCAUGGGCAAAAGGUUUUUGGUAAUAUUUCUUCUAUAGCGAUGAAUGAAAAAUCUAAAGCCAACCCCUCAACGACGGGAACAGAGGCCGAGCCAGUGGAAUUUAAGAGAGGAACAGUGGUGACAGUUCAUUUGGAUAUGGAAUUGAAGAAAGUGGGCUUCUCAGUAGACGGCCAAAAGUAUCCAGACGUGGAAUGGGAUGAUCUGCCGGCCAAGUUAUAUCCCUUUGUAAUUGUGAAACCAAAUAAUCAAGUGAGAAUUCAAUCGCGUGUUAGCAUUUAA